CGCUUGCACAGUGACCUCGGGCUGCGAGCUGUGUCGCCGGGCAUGGCGGCAUGGGGCCCGGCGUCCGCUGCGCCUCUGCUCCGCGGGAGCCACGGGCACACAGACCAUCGAACUCCAGGCUUUCAUCUGACCUGAAUUCCGGCCAUCUCAGGCUUCUUGGCCUACGGCCCGGCCAAGCCUCUCAUUUGCUCACUCACUGCUUCAGGGCCUGUCUUGGGGUCAGCUCUGGGAUGCUGCUGUGGAGAGGCAGACUCUAUCUCAGCCUUGUGAGACUAGCCGAGAGCGCUGGGAAGGCUCAGCUGGUAACGUGCUCUCGAGGAUGGUCCGAGUUCAGUCCUCAGGACCCGUGUGAGGUGCUUCCUCUCCUGCACUGUGUACAUCGGAUGUUUGCCUCCCAGACUGAGGGGGAGCUCAAGGUGACCCAGGUUCUCAAGGAGAAGUUUCCUCGAGCCACAGCUAUCAAAGUCACGGACAUCUCAGGAGGCUGCGGGGCGAUGUACGAGAUUAAAAUUGAGUCCGAAGAGUUUAAAGAGAAGAGGACGGUCCAGCAGCACCAGAUGGUCAAUCAGGCACUAAAAGAAGAGAUCAAGGGGAUGCACGGCCUUCGGAUAUUUACUUCUGUCCCCAAGUGCUGACGGCGCCCCAGUCACGUGACUGCUGAUGCUUGAAACCUUGAGUGCACUUCGCCACAGCCAUCUUCCAGAAGAAUCCCUACCAAAAAAAUGUAUCUAUUUUUGUUCAUAGACAUUUAUGUAUUAUAAUUAUAGGAGGUAUGUUAUCUAUUUAGAAGUUAAUUAAAGACCACAGAUACCUAUUGCUCACAA